AGGAUAAAUCUUGGCGUAAUCUGGGUAGGGGGGAACCAUGGGGAGCUCUGCUUCAUCGCUGGCCGCAGAGACGGAGUCGGACCAUGGCUUCACUAGCCCACCCUACCCGGGGCACCCGGUUGCGAGCUGGUAUAGGAGUAGGCACAGUGGCCCUGUUUGGGAAAGUGCCCUUAUAACACGGCAGCAUCAGCACUUACAGCACCGGGCACGAAGUCACACCCACUCUCCUGGUUCUAUGGCUGCUGUGAGGGAGUGGUCCUGCACCCGCUGCACUUUCCUGAACCCAGUGGGCCAGCGCCAGUGCUCCAUCUGCGAGGCCCCCCGCCAGAAGCCAGACCUCAACCACAUCCUGCGGCUCAGCGUGGAGGAGCAGAAAUGGCCGUGCGCCCGCUGCACCUUCAGGAACUUCCUGGGCAAGGAGGCCUGUGAAGUGUGCGGCUUCACGCCGGAGCCUGGGCCUAGCAGCUCCCCACUGCCCAUCAUCAAUGGCGUCCUGCCCAAGCCCGCCAUCCUGCCCAAGCCCGCCGUUCUGGUGGAGCCCAAGGGGAUCGCCACCGAGGAGGCAUGCAAGACGGAGAGCAACAGCGAAGAGUCUGGGGGGAAGAGCCCCGAUGAGGCAGAGCUGGAGGAUGGCUGGGCCUGCCAGCGCUGCACUCUGCACAACACCCCCAUGGCCAACUCCUGCUCUGCUUGUGGGGGGCCACGCAAGCUCUCGCUACCCAAGAUCCCCCCGGAGGCGCUGGUAGUCCCCGAAGUCAUUGCCCCAGCUGGGUUCCAUGUGGCCCCAGCUACCCCGCAGCCCGGUGUUGCCAUAGAAACCCUGGACAGUGACCCUGUUGCCAGCCAGAGCCCAGCGAUCAUGGAGCAGGAUGUUCAGAAGAUGCCAACCUUCAGCCCCUUUUCCCCUGGCCUCCAGAACAACCCUGUGCCCAGGAGCCGCAGGGAAGUGCCACCCCAGCUGCAGCCACAGGUGCCUGACGCCUCUCAGCCCACGUCUGGGCAGAAGGGGUCUCCACAGGGCCAGGCCAGGGCGCCCCCUGCUGCCCGCUUCCAGGAGCUGCUGUCCAACAAGCGGCUGAGCGUGCUGGAGGAGGAGAUGGAGGUCAGCCCGUCCCACUGGCAGUGCAGCACCUGUGCCCUGCUCAACUCGGCUGGGUCAAGCAAAUGUGAGGCCUGCAGUGCUCUGAAAGGCAGUGACACUAUUGAUCUGGCGGGGGACUCGGUGCGCUUCACCCCCUGCAGCCCUUCCAGCCCCGACUUCACCACCUGGGCCUGUUCCAAGUGCACCCUAAAGAACCCCACCCUGGCGCAGAAGUGCAAAGCCUGUGGUUGCUCCAAACUGCACGGCUUCCAGGAACAUGGGGCGCAGGGCGAGCCGGCCCCCAAGUGUACCGACUGCAGCUCCGACAAAGGGGGUUGUGCCUCUUGCGGCAGCAAGGCCCCAUCGGCCCGGAAAAUGGCCCGCCUCUUCCCUUCCCAGCCGCCCUUAGUACAGGACAGCCCGAGCCAGUGGUCUUGCCCUGCUUGUACCCUGCUCAACGAACUCAAGGCCAAGCACUGUGCGGCCUGCCACACGCCGCAGCUGUACAUGACACAGCGCAAGGGGGCCAAGCCGCUCAAGAGGCGGGAGAGCAUGGAUGCGGAGAAGCGGCGGCAGACGGAUGAGGGGGAGGCCAAGGCCUUGUGGGAAAACAUUGUGAGCUUCUGCCAGGAGAACAAGGUCAACUUUGUGGACGACAGUUUUCACCCAGGGCCCAAGGCGGUGGGGUUCCCUGACGGGGACAGCGUGCAGCAGAGGGUGAAGCUGUGGCUGCGGCCCCACGAAAUCAACUGUAGCAUCUCCAAGGACUGGUCAGUCAAGUGGUCAGUGUUCCGGACACCCCGGCCCUCGGACAUUCUGCAGGGACUCCUGGGAAACUGCUGGUUCUUGAGUGCCCUGGCAGUGCUGGCGGAGCGGCCCGAGCUGGUGGAGAAGGUGAUGAUCACGCGGACCAUGUGCCCGGAGGGAGCCUAUCAGGUGCGGCUUUGCAAAGACGGCACAUGGACCACGGUGCUGGUGGAUGACAUGCUGCCCUGUGACGAGUGUGGCUACCUCCUCUUCUCUCAGGCCCAGAGGAAGCAGCUGUGGGUAGCCCUCAUUGAGAAGGCUCUGGCCAAGCUGCAUGGUUCGUACUUUGCCCUCCAGGCAGGGCGCGCCAUCGAAGGCCUGGCUACACUAACCGGCGCCCCCUGCGAGAGCCUGAUGCUGCAGGUCAGCUCCACUAACCCUCGCGAGGAGCCCAUUGACACUGACCUCAUCUGGGCCAAAAUGCUGAGUUCUAAGGAGGCUGGGUUUCUGAUGGGCGCCUCCUGUGGCGGGGGCAACAUGAAGGUGGAUGACGCAGCUUACGAGAGCAUGGGCCUUCGCCCGCGGCACGCCUACUCAAUACUGGACGUGCGGGACGUGCAGGGCUACAGGCUCCUGCGGCUCCGGAACCCCUGGGGUCGCUUUUCCUGGAAUGGCAGCUGGUCUGACGAGUGGCCCCACUGGCCAGUGCACUUGCGUCACGAUCUGAUGCCCCAUGGGAGCAGCGAGGGCGUCUUCUGGAUGGAGUAUGGCGACUUCAUCAGAUACUUUGACUCGGUGGAUAUCUGCAAGCUCCACUCAGACUGGCACGAGGUUCGGGUGCAGGGGACCUUCCCCAACAAGGCCAGUGGACCCGUGACGGUGACCUCGCUGACGGUGCUGGAGCGUGCUGCGCUGGAGUUCGCCCUUUUCCAGGAGGGCAGCAGGCGCUCCGACACGGUGGACAGCCACUUGCUGGACCUGUGCAUCAUGGUGUUCCGCGCCACCUUCACCAGCGGGAACAAGCUGAGCCUGGGCCGGCUGGUGGCCCACAGCAAGCGGGCGGUGAAGAAGUUUGUGAACUGCGAUGUCAUGCUGGAGCCGGGCGAGUACGCUGUCGUGUGCUGUGCCUUCAACCACUGGAAUGCCCCGCUGCCGGGCACGUCCUCUGGCCAGGCCUCCAGCCCCCCCGCUGACAGCUCCAGCUACAUCCUGGCCAUUUACAGCUCCCGCCUGGUGAUGGUGGAGCAGGUCGAGGCGCAACCCACCACGCUGGCCGACGCCAUCAUCCUGCUGACCGAGAACAAGGGCGAGCGGCACGAGGGCCGCGAGGGGAUGACCUGCUACUACUUGACACAUGGCUGGGCGGGGCUGAUCGUGGUGGUGGAGAACCGGCACCCCAAGUCCUACCUGCACGUCCAGUGUGACUGCACAGACAGCUUCAACGUGGUGUCCACACGGGGCAGCCUGAAAACCCAGGACAGUGUGCCACCCCUGCACAGACAGGUGCUGGUGAUCCUCUCCCAGCUGGAAGGCAACGCUGGCUUCUCCAUCACCCACCGCCUGGCGCACCGCAAAGCCGCCCAGGCCUUCCUCAAUGACUGGAUGGCAACGAAAGGGACCCACAACCCGCUGCUCACCCCUGAGGUGGCAGGGCUGCACGGGCCCCGGCCGCUAUGACAACCAGCCCAGCCCUCCCUGCCCCUCUCCUGCUUCUGCCUUCUCGCUUUAACCAAGGCCUUGGCCCCGGCUGCUUUGGGCUGCUUCCCGACCCGGCGGUGCUGAGCCACCAGGGGGCAGCGCCACAGCAUCCUGCCAAGCGCUUUUCCCUCAGGGCUGGGGAUCCCCCUCCCACUCCCCUCCCUGCCUCCGCACAACCCCCCUCCGCCAACGCACGCACUUUACAGGGAGCCAGCCGGGGCGGGGGCAGUCUCAGGAUCCUGGCCCUUCCCCCGCCCCUCCAGCGCAUGCGCUUGGUCUGGAGGAAUGGCCACCAAUUGCCAGGGCAGCCGGGAGCCUUGGCCAGGCUGGGGGAGGAGAACGGGGGCGGGGAGGCAGGUUCCUUCCAAACCCUACGGCCACUCAGGACUCUGCUCCCCCCGCUAGCGUCAGGCACCUGAUGCUGCAAAAAACAAUAUACCUCUGACUGACGUCUGUCCGUCUGUGUGUGCUCCCUUCUGCCCGCCUGGCACUGUGGGGCCCAGCUCCGGGAUCGCCCGCCUGGAUACUGUGGAAGCAGGGCUGCAGCAACCUGGUUGGGGCCCGGUGGAGCCGGCCUUGGGCCCUGCCUUGUCCUGUCGGCUAUUUGCCAGCAAAAGAGAAUUGAGAGCCAGUGUGAGACCAAGCUCGUGGCAAGGACAGAGGUGGCCAGGGGGCCAGCCCAGCCGAAGUGGGCUUGCAUGGGUUGUCGGGAAGGUGCUGCUGCUUUAAAUGGCCAUGGGUGCAUGGAAUCACCUCAGCCCAGCCCAGCCUGGGGCGCUGACAUCUCUGCCUCCAGCUGCGUCUCAUGCCAGCGGCUUGACAGGAGGCAGAUGGUGAAGAUCAGGGAGAAGAAGAUCAGGCUGGGAAUUUACAUGACCUACAAAUCUGGUAAAAGUUGCUGGUCGGUGCCCCCGCCUCUGAUCUCUGUGCCUCCAAACCAACUCUGGGUAAAGCCUUAUGUCCCAGAGGUUUCUGGGAGUGGUAGUUUUUUGUCCCGUGGCCUGCAGAGGGGUGUUUGUCCAAAUUUCACCAGGGCAAAGAACAGUGUUUGGGGGCAGCCCCCUCCUGCAGUGGGCAGAACGCAGCUGCUUGGAGCUGCUUUUUCCCCUAGGAGUGGGGGUGGUGAUUUCAUUUGAAAAGCAGCUGUUAGCGUUUUACAAAGCGUCUUUUACCAAAAUGGAGUGAAACGGCCCUUUCUGCGCUGCGUUGUGAGACACAGGGCAUAUGUGGGAUUCCAGCCCCCGCGCUCUGUGUGUAUGAGGAACACGUGUACUAUGCAGUAGUGGCCGUGGGGAGCAGGGUUAGGAGAGAAGCCAUGAGCUGUGCUGGAGAACCGUCCUCUGGCCCUGACAGUCCAGCCUUCCCCAGCACACCUCUCAACCCCUGGCACCACUGCCCCAGCUUGGGGGCCUGGCCCAGGCGCAUAGGGAGGCCAGCCAGAGGUGGCCUGACUACAGGCUGAGAGGCCUGAUCCUGGCCUUCUCUGCACCAGGGAAGCCAACAGAGCUGCCACUUCACAAACAACUGAGCUUGACUGAUGGCUCAGUGCAGCACAUGGCUGGGCCCAGGUGAAAGGCGCAGCUGGAGCGGGGAUUCUCCAGGGCUGUCAGUGUAUGGGGUAGGUACAGCAUAGCGGGUACACCAGCCAGCACUGGGGUUCGGACACAGGCUGGGGGCUGAGCAGACUCGCACCCCUCCCCCAUUGUUUGAAAGUUUUGCCAUGCACUGACUUUUAUUUUUUUAAAUGAUCAUUGCUUUGAACGGCCAAUCAAAUCCCAGCUGGCUUAGGCAGGGAAUCCCUGCCCCCUAGACGCCCCACUCUUCAGGGGACCCAGAGCUGCUGAUGGGGCACGGGGUUCUGCCCAGGCACCUUGUGGGGUUUGCAGGGCAGAGGGAGCAGGGGCUGAGGGUCAUGUCCAGAGCAGAGGCAGCGAUUCUGGAAUGGCAGCAAACACCUUGUGCGGUAGACGUCAUGGGGCCCGUUGGAGAGCGUGGGCAUGGGGUGUCAUGGGAGUGACAGUUUAGUCCCUGGCGCCAUUGGGCGCUAGCAGGAGAUCCGUGCUCAUGGCUGAUUAGCGAGGUGGGCCCUAGCCCCCGAGGCUGCCACCUCUGCGUGUGGGAUUCUGAGCUAGCCGGGUCCCACUGCAGGUGAAUCCACUCGGCUUUGUGCAGAGCGUGACUCCCCCGGACCAGCGAAGCCUCUCCCCCAUAGCAGGCUCUUUGACGUGAAAAUCCCAGGGCGGUUUUAACUCUGGUUUUAAGCUUUGCACUAAUCUUCCCCCAAAGGCUCCUGGGAAAUAUUCUGUUUUUUUAGUGGGGGGCGGGGCGAUGCUCAGACGGAAUCAGCCUUGGAGCCACCCAUUUCACUUACCUGCCCUUAUGAACAUCCUGAAACAGGCGCUCAGUCCCUAGGCAGACAGGCCUCUGGUCAGAUUCUCCAGCACAGGUAGGCCUGAGGCCUGCACAGGUGGCUUGCCAGGCUGUCCCCCCUGAGCAGCCAUCUCACUCUGAGAGAUCAGCUGUGCUGUAGAGACCCAGACUGUGGGCAGGCUGGCGUUCUGCUGGGCACCGAGGGGGUUGGCAGUGCCAAGGCUUAUUUUGACCCCAGGUUUUACGUUUCCCCUCCAGUCUGUGAGCGUGGGACACUUCUCUCCUCCCUUCUGUUGUUAUGGUCUGCACUGUGCUCCUUGGGAAGGAGGGAGGUGGGAAUGGGGGAUCCCUGCUGGGGGGGAUAUUGCCCCUUCAUGUGCGCUGCCUCUCAGACCCUGCUGGCCGCCAAUGGCAGGGAGCAGCUGAGCCAAGCUCUGUUAUUUGUAGUUUUUAUUCGUCAAACGAUCUGUUCCGUCCUUUCCUCCUUUGGACGAUUCCGUCUUUUUCUUUUCUCGCUCUCUCUCUCUCUUGUCUUUUCUCUCUCUGAGCUGUGAAUAUUUUUAACCCUGUAAAUACUGUCCAGCUCUUAUGAAACACAGGCUAUUUUAUCAAUUGUAAAUCAGAUCUGUAAUCCCUGUAUGAUACAAAUUAUCCAUGGGUGGUUUUCAAACUCAGGUUCCAAUGGACCAAAUAAAGUUUUGUUUUUUAAUUAAA